AAAGCGGUCGCCUCACACAAGCGGCUGCAGCUCGACUCGAGAUCCCGUGGCUUUUAAUUCCCUCACUACUUUUUUUAAACCCUCCUUCGAUGCGCCCCGUUAUUACCAUUUGUCUGAGGCGUUCAUUUCCGCACCUGCCACGGUAGAGACCAGGCGAAGGCGAAGUAGAGGAGGAGACAAGGACAUAGCGAGAGCCGGGAGAGGCAGGCGGUAUAGAGAUAAGCGGCGGCAACUCGUUUGAGAUCUUAAAGGACAAAAAAAAAAUGCUGCUCUGGACCAGAAUCGUCUUGGUCGCUCUCAUCUGCUUGUCCUUGGUGUCCUCUGGGAUGGGAUGCGGACCGGGCAGGGGCUACGGCAGGAGAAGACACCCGAAGAAGCUGACACCUCUUGCGUACAAGCAGUUCAUCCCCAACGUGGCGGAGAAGACCCUCGGGGCAAGCGGCAGAUACGAAGGCAAGAUCACAAGAAACUCCGAGCGAUUUAAAGAACUGACUCCCAAUUAUAACACAGACAUCAUUUUCAAGGAUGAGGAGAACACCGGUGCCGACAGGCUAAUGACUCAGAGAUGCAAAGACAAGCUGAACUCGCUGGCCAUCUCGGUGAUGAACCAGUGGCCCGGGGUGAAGCUGCGGGUCACCGAGGGCUGGGACGAGGACGGGCACCACUUCGAGGAGUCCCUGCACUACGAGGGCCGCGCCGUGGACAUCACCACGUCAGACAGGGACAAGAGCAAGUACGGCACUCUGUCCAGGCUCGCAGUGGAGGCCGGAUUCGACUGGGUCUAUUAUGAGUCCAAAGCCCACAUCCACUGCUCUGUGAAAGCAGAAAACUCAGUGGCGGCAAAGUCAGGCGGCUGCUUCCCAGGCUCGUCCACGGUCACGCUGCAGGACGGCACCAAGAAGGCGGUCAAGGACCUGCAAAGCGGAGACAAGGUGCUGGCAGCGGACACGCACGGACAGCUGCUCUACACGGACUUUAUCAUGUUCAUAGACCGAGACUCGGAGACCAGGAGGCUUUUCCACGUCAUUGAAACCGACGCGGGCCAGAAAAUCACCCUCACCGCGGCGCAUCUCCUCUUCGUGGGCCACAACGACACGUCCACGGAGGACGCGGGCAAGCGGAUGUCUGCGGUCUUCGCGAGCCAGGUCCAGCCUGGACAGAAGGUGUUCGUGUUCGACGCAGAGCGAAGUGGACUCCAGUCUGUGACCGUAAAACGGAUUUACACGCAAGAGCACGAGGGCUCCUUCGCGCCUGUGACCGUGCAGGGGACGGUGGUCGUGGACCAGGUCCUUGCGUCCUGUUACGCAGUGAUCGAGGACCACGAGCUGGCGCACUGGGCACUGGCACCGGUCAGGCUCGCCCACUGGGUGUCCUCGUUGCUUUUCAGCUCCCAGUACCAGGCCAGUGCGCAAAACGACGGCGUGCACUGGUAUUCCAAGAUCCUUUACCAGUUAGGAACAUGGCUCUUGGACAGUCACGCCAUCCAUCCACUCGGGAUGUCGGUAUACCCGAGUUGAAACCUCUGCCACAGAGGAGUGGGACUCAAAUGUAGGACACAUGAACUAUUCAGUAGAUUAAAAAGUAAAAAAAAAAAAAA